UGAAGCCAAAGUUGUCUUGUCGAACUCGUUUGCGAUUCCAACCUGUCUCUUCCUAGUUUCGCUUGUCAACCACACUGAUUAUUCUGUUCUUCAAGCGAGCUCGUCGAACGUCAUAACCACCGGCCAAAAUGUCCGAACCGAUCUCCGUCCUCUUCGUCUGCCUCGGCAACAUUUGCCGCUCCACGAUGGCCGAAGGUGUCUUCCAGUCGAUGGCCAAGAAGCCCGAAUACAAGGGUCGUAUUUCCAAGAUUGAUUCGUGCGGAACUGGUGCCUACCACGUUGGCGAAGGUCCCGACGACCGAACGAUGGAGACACUCCAAGAGCACGGAAUAACCGAUUACAUCCAUGCCGCGCGCAAGGUCAAUACCUCCGACUUUGACAAGUUCGACUACAUCUUCGCCAUGGACCGGGCCAACUUGGCCGACCUCCAGCGCCUGCAGCAACGUCAUCCGGGAAAGGCCAAGGUGAUGCUCUUUGGCGAGUACUCGGGCACCGGUAAGGCCGAGGUCAUCCAGGAUCCGUACUACGGCGGCAAGUCCGGGUUCGAGAAGGCGUAUGAGCAGGCCACGAGGUUUUCCAAGAACUUUUUGGGCGAUGUCUUUCCGGAUGUCAAGGCCGAGUAGAGAGUAGAAGAUGAGCUUUCGUCGACCAAAAACUAGAAGGCAGGCGUUGAGGCGUUGGGUUAGACUGUUGCUGCUGUUGUAGACCGAAGAUAGAUACCAGUCAUGUAGACGUUGUCGUUUGUGCACGUUUCCUUUUGGUCGGAUUUCUCCCCAUCAUAUCGAGGUAGCUGCCGUCGAGCUUCGUUACGUGUUGUCAUUGCGAGAGCGAGUUGAUCUAGAUCAUGGACAUCACUUCGACUGGGUCAAGAGCGGCUUAUAACCUCGUCGCCACGAACGGAGGGAGCUCGGUGUUU